AUUGCAAAAGAUUCACCAACACAGAUGUCCAGAAUACUGUGGAAUUUUGCGAUGAAACAGACGACUUAAUAGCUGGCCACCAUGCUGUCCCAAAAUGUCCUCCACAAUCCGUGACGUCACGCGCUGACGUCAUCAUACCGAGAUGUUUUCAGCAGGAUAUGUCGCGCGAAAUUUAAAAUUGCACUUUAGUAAGCUAACCCGGCCGUAUUGGCAUGUGUUGCAAUGUUAAGAUUUCAUCAUUGAUAUAUAAACUAUCAGACUGCGUGGUCGGUAGUAGUGGCUUUCAGUAGGCCUUUAAGGAAAGAAAACAAAAGCAAAUACAGAUAGAGUAAUAAUACUAAAAAAAUGUGAAGAAAAAAAAAAUUAUUGUGAAGGAUAGUAAUAUAAAUAAUAAUAAAAAUGGCGCAACAAUGCAAAACACUUCCGGUAACAAUUGUCACGACCCGAUCUGCACCUGAUUAGUCCACGCAUGCGCGUAGACUACGUUGGGCAAAAAUCCAAAAGACCAAAAAUGGCGGACUUAGCGGCUGUGGCUUUCCGGAGAAAUGUUGACAUUUACGAUCUUUAUAGCUUUUUUUUAGAUUCAAAUAUAGCACCAACUAUGUCAAUAUUAGUCUUUUUUGAGUUUGGAGCCAUGGCGUGUUACCUGAAGUGAAGAUUGAAGACGUGAUAGAAGGUGGCGACGUCCGCUAAAAGAGAACAUGAAAGAGAAUCAACUUCCAGCAAAUCACCAACGGAGAUAAAGACGAAAGAUGAAGACGUCCAGCAGCUGAUUGGUCAUCCAGAAGAACUUCCCCCUCAGUCAGCAGGACGGAGCUCCACUUUGAAGCAGGAGACUCCACAGUCACCCCACAUUAAAGAGGAAGAGGAGGAACUCUGCAUCACUCAGGAGGGAGAGUGUCUUCUAGGACGAGAGGAAGCUGAUUACACCAAGUUUCCACUGACUGUUGUCUCUGUGAAGACUGAAGAUGAUGAAGAGAAACCACAACCAGACAACCUCUUAGCUCCACUAUCAGAUAGUGGAGCUGAAGAUGAGGUUGAAGUAACUUUGAGCUGUGAUACCAACUCUGAAGAUAAUAUGAGAACUCACACUUAUAACAAACAUUCUCAAAGCUCUGAAGAGAAGAGAGGUAACAAAUGUUUUAGCUGCAUAGUUUGUGCAAAAUUUGUUACUCACAGGAGCAAUUUGGCUAAACACAUGAGAACGCACACAGGAAAAAAAACAUUUAAUUGUUCAGUUUGCGCUAAAAGCUUUAAUAAAAAGUACAAUUUUACUCAACACAUGAGAACACACACAGGGGAAAAACCAUUUAAUUGUUCAGUUUGCGAUAAAAGCUUUACUCAAAAGAGCAGUUUGACUCUGCACAUGAGAACGCACACAGGAGAAAAACCAUUUAUUUGUUCAAUUUGUGGUAAAAGCUUUACUAUAAAAAAUAGUUUGACUGAACACAUGAGUACACACACAGGAGAAAACAAAUGUACUUGUUCAGUUUGUGGUAAAGGCUUUUCUCGUAAAUAUAAUUUGUCUCAGCACAUGAAAACACACACAGGAGAAAAAUAUUUUACUUGUUCUCUAUGUAGUAAAGGCUUUUCUCAAAAGGGCAGUUUGACCAUACAUAUAAGAACACACACUGGAGAAAAACUGUUUGAUUGCUCCGUUUGUAGUAAAAGCUUUCCCCGAAACAGCGAUUUGACUCGACACAUGAUUGCACACACAGGAGAGAAAGUGUUUGUUUGCUCAGUUUGUGGUAAAAGUUUUUCUCGAAACGGGGAUUUGACCCAACACAUGAGAACACACACUAGAGGAAAAACAUAUAAUUGCUCAGUUUGCGGUAAAAUCUUUUCUGAAAAGAACAGUUUGACCAUACACGUAAGAAGACACACAGGAGAGAAACUGUUUAAAUGCUCAGCUUGUUGUAAAAGCUUUCCUAAAAAGUGUCAUUUGAUUCGUCACAUGAGAACACACACAGGAGAAACACCAUUUAGUUGUUCAGUUUGCAGUAAAAGAUUCCGUUAUAAUACAGACGCAGUAAGACACAUGAGAACACACACAGUAGAAUGACUGUUUAGUUUGUGGUACUGUGGAACCUCGAUUUACCGACUCCUCUUUUUGUGACCUUUAUGGUUUAAGAACCUGUGCGAAUCAUGUCUCCACGUACGAACGCUUCAUUCCUUCAUUCAUUUUGCAUGCAGUUAGAAGCCAUCAGAGGCUGCCAUUUUGAUGACAUCACUUCCUGUAGAUGCGGGCACAACCAUUUUGAAGGCACAGUGCCCCCCAAGUCACAUCCUGUUUACAUCUGUACACACGGGCACGACCACGGCGAGCAGCACUUCUGACUUGUUUAUCUCCACAAUUGUUAUACUCAUGCAUGUAAAACAUUAAUUUUCCCGUCAAAAUAUCAC